CUCCUCCUCCCGGCUCGCAUCCCAAUCUCUGCCGGCACUUCGUGGCCUACCCUCCCCGGACCCAGGAGCUGGGAGCGGCGGGGACCGGUCGGCGCCCACCGAGGACAAGUCACCAGGUUUCAAGAUGCUACGAAUACAUAGGCUCAAGCUGGAUGGGCUGGGGCUCCGCCUCUUCAGAGGGCUUCACCACAAACCUGUGAUGGCCGUGAGGCGGGAGGAUGUGAACGCCUGGGAGAGGAGGGCCCCGCUGGCCCCCCGGCACGUCAAAGGAAUCACCAACCUGGGGUACAAGGUCUUAAUACAGCCUUCCAAUCGGCGGGCCAUUCAUGAUAAGGAGUAUGUCAAAGCUGGUGGCAUCCUUCAGGAGGAUAUUUCUGAAGCUUGUCUAAUUUUGGGAGUGAAGAGACCCCCAGAGGAUAAAUUAAUACCCAAGAAGACUUAUGCAUUCUUCUCCCACACCAUAAAGGCCCAGGAGGCCAACAUGGGCUUGUUGGAUGAGAUUCUAAAACAGGAAAUCCGACUUAUUGAUUAUGAGAAAAUGGUGGAUCAUAGAGGAAUUCGGGUAGUGGCAUUUGGACAGUGGGCAGGUGUGGCAGGGAUGAUCAACAUUUUACAUGGAAUGGGCUUAAGGCUCCUUGCUUUGGGACAUCACACACCUUUUAUGCACAUUGGCAUGGCUCAUAACUAUAGGAACAGCAGUCAGGCUGUGCAAGCUGUCCGCGAUGCUGGCUAUGAAAUAUCUCUGGGUUUGAUGCCCAAAUCGAUAGGGCCCUUAACAUUUGUGUUCACAGGGACUGGUAAUGUAUCUAAGGGAGCCCAAGAAAUCUUCAAUGAGCUACCCUGUGAAUAUGUGGAACCACACGAAUUAAAAGAAGUUUCUCUAACUGGAGACCUGAGGAAAGUGUAUGGAACAGUGUUAAGUCGCCAUCAUCAUCUUGUCAGGAAAACAGAUGGUAUAUAUGAUCCCGUAGACUAUGACAAAUAUCCUGAGCGCUACAUAAGUCGUUUUAAUAUUGAUAUUGCACCCUACACAAGUUGUUUUAUUAAUGGAAUCUACUGGGAAACAAACACCCCUCGUCUACUGACCCGCCAAGAUGCUGAGAGUCUCCUGGCUCCAGGCAAGUCCCCCAUUGUUGGUGUGGAAGGCUGCCCUGCAUUGCCACACAAACUUGUGGCAAUAUGUGACAUUUCAGCUGACACGGGAGGAUCUAUAGAGUUCAUGACUGAGUGCACUACCAUAGAGCGUCCCUUCUGCAUGUAUGAUGCAGACCAGCACAUUAUUCAUGACAGUGUUGAAGGCUCUGGGAUUCUGAUGUGUUCCAUUGACAACCUGCCGGCACAGCUUCCAAUCGAAGCUACGGAAUACUUCGGCGACAUGCUUUAUCCUUAUGUCGAAGAAAUGAUAUUAUCAGAUGCAACACAGCCUCUUGAAAGUCAGAAUUUUUCUCCUGUGGUGCGAGAUGCAGUGAUUGCAUCCAACGGUACAUUGCCUGAUAAGUAUAAAUAUAUCCUGAAACUCCGAGAAAGCAGGGAACGUGCUCAGUCACUUUCAAUGGCCACCAAGAGAAAGGUCUUGGUUCUUGGAACUGGUUAUGUAUCUGAGCCUGUGUUGGAAUACCUGUCAAGAGAUGCCAAUAUAGAACUAACAGUAGGCUCUGACUUAAAGAAUCAAAUUGAACAGUUACGCAAGAAAUAUAAUAUUAAUCCGGUUAUUAUGGAGAUUGGUAAACAAGAAGAAAAGCUGGGCUCCUUGGUGGCAAAACAGGAUCUUGUCAUCAGCUUGUUGCCUUAUGUAUUACAUCCUCUUGUGGCCAAGGCAUGCAUCAAAAGCAAAGUUAACAUGGUCACUGCAAGCUACAUCACCCCACCACUAAAAGAAUUAGAAAAGAGUGUGGAAGAUGCUGGCAUUACGGUUAUUGGCGAAUUGGGAUUGGACCCUGGUCUUGAUCAUAUGUUGGCGAUGGAAACCAUAGAUAAAGCCAAAGAAGUGGGAGCCACGAUUGAAUCGUACGUUUCCUUUUGUGGCGGGCUUCCGGCCCCUGAACAUUCCGACAAUCCUUUGAGAUACAAGUUCAGCUGGAGUCCCGUGGGAGUGCUGAUGAACAUAAUGCAGCCCGCCACCUACCUGCUCGAUGGAAAGGUUGUGAAUGUUGCAGGGGGGGUUUCCUUUCUCGAUGCGGUUACUCCCAUGGACUAUUAUCCUGGAUUAAAUUUGGAAGGCUAUCCCAACAGAGACAGCACCAAAUAUGCUGAGAUUUAUGGCAUCCCAUCUGCGCACACUUUGUUGCGGGGGACCCUGCGAUAUAAGGGAUAUGCCAAAGCCGUGCACGGGUUUGUGAAAUUGGGUCUUAUAAACAGAGAUGCAUUUCCUGCCCUUCAAGCCGAGGCCAAGCCUCUCACCUGGAAAGAGCUCCUCUGUGAUCUAGUUGGGAUUUCUCGCUCCUCCAAGCAUGAUGUGCUGAAGGAAGCUGUCUCUAAGAAACUAGGAGGAGACAAAACCCAGCUGGAGGCUGUUGAACAGUUGGGCUUACUUGGGAAUGAACAAGUCCCGCAGGCCGAAUCUGUUGUGGAUGCGCUCUCCAAGCAUUUGGCUAUGAAACUGUCCUACGGUCCUGGAGAGAGAGAUAUGAUCGUGAUGAGAGACAGCUUUGGAAUCAGACAUCCUUCUGGACAUUUAGAAAAUAAAACUAUUGAUCUUGUGGUUUAUGGAGAAGUCAAUGGCUUUUCAGCCAUGGCUAAAACUGUGGGGUUACCCACCGCUAUGGCGGCCAAGAUGUUGCUGAAUGGUGAAAUUCACACAAAAGGCCUGAUAGGGCCCUUUACAAAGGAGAUCUACAGACCAAUAUUGGAGCGCAUUAAAGCAGAAGGCAUUAUCUAUACUACACAGAGCACGAUCAGGUCUUAAUUGAGAAUUAUAUUUUGCUUUUCUCUUCCCAGGCAACACAGCUCUGAACAUUUAUGCAACACACAUUUGCUACUGUGCCAUUUAAAAUAUAAAACAUGAUAUAUUUUGAUUGUCAUGACAAUGGAAUUUUGCAAUAUAAACCUCUAUUUUAAUAUGAAAACAUUUGUAACAGGGAAUGCCAGUAAUUACCAGAGAACUUUAAUAAUUCUAUCAUGUAUUUUUUCACGUGUAUGUAAAAGUGAUAAUGAUUGUGCUAUUUGUUAAUUUAUUGUGCAACUUUUUUUCCUACAAGAAUGUAUUUUCCUAUAUUCAGCAGAUGCAGGUUCAUCUUUUUAGAUAUAAAAAAAUUUCCUCAACACCACAGAAAUACAAAGGCUCACAAGAGACUCUACAAAUAAUUACAUGUCAACAGGUUGGAAAAUCUAGAAGAAAUGGAUAAAUUCCUAGAAACACACAAUCUUUCAAGCCUAAAAUCAUGAAGAAAUAGAAAAUCUGAAUAGAUCAAUUACAAGUAAUGAAAUUGAAUCAGUAAUUUAAAAACUCCCCCAAAAUCAAAGUUCAGGACUAGACUGUUUCACAGAUAAAUUCUAUGAAACAUUUAAGAAGAGUUAACACCUAUCUUUCUUAAAUGAUUCCAAGAAAUAAGAGAGGAAGGAACACUUCUAAACUCAUAGGAAUAGAUUGAGAGUCCAGAAAUAACCUUCACAUAUGGUCAAUUGACUUCUGAAAAGGGUGCUAACACAAUUUAAUAGAGGAAAGUAGUCUUUUCACCAAAUGGUGCUGGAACAACUGUAUAUCCACAUGGGAAGGAAUUGAAGAUGGACCCUUAACCUCACAGCAUAUAUAAAAAUUAACUCAAAGUGAACCAAAGAGCAAACGCUAUAAAACUUUUAGGAAAAAAUCAUAGGUGUAAGUCUUCAUAAUCUUGGAUUAUACAAUGGUUUCUUAAAUGACACCAGAAGUAUAAGCAACAAAAGGAAAAAAAAUACAUAAAUUAGGCAUUAUUAGAGUUUAAAAACUUUUAUGCUUCCAAGAAUACCAUCAAGAAAGCAAAACGACAAUCCACAAAAUGAGAGAAGAUUUUUGCAAAUCAUAUAUCAGGUAAGGGAGGAAAUUGUAUUUUAGAAUGUAUGAAGAACUACUAUGACACAAUAAAAAGACAAAGAUCCCAAUUUAAAGAAAUGGACAAAAGAUUUGAAUUUACAGUUGUCUAAAGAGGGUAUACAAAAGGUCAGCAAGCACACGGAAACAUGCUCAACCUCAGGGAAAUGCAAAUCAAACUUAUGGUGAGAUACCACUUCAUACGCACCAGGAUAGUUUUAAUGAAAAAGAUAAUAAUAAGUGUUGGUGAGGAUGUAGAGAAAUUAGAACCCUCAUAAAAUGCUAGUGGAAAUGUAAGAUGGUACAGCCGCUUGGGAAAACAAUUUGGCAAUUCCACAAAAGCUUAAACACAGAGUUACGACAUGACCCAGCAAAUCCACUCUUAGGUCUAUACCCAAGUAAAAUGAAAAUGUAUGUCCACACAAAAAUUUGUAAACAAAUGUUCAUAGCAGCAAUAUUCAUACUAACUAAAAACGAAAACAAGCCAAAUGUCCAAUAAAUGCAUAUCCAUAUGCUGGAAUUGGGGUCUUUGUCUUUUCAUUUGGCGAUAAAAA